GUUGGCGCGUGAUUUCACACCGAGAUCUUCUCGAGCGCGUGAGAAACUUCGCUUAAAGAGAGAAAUAGCGGUCGCCAUUGAACCCGAUCAAAGAUGGAUCAACCCGACCCGAGAAAUGAAUCUGGGCUGAUUCUCUCCGCCACCGAACCGAUGCGGUCGUUUCUGGCGUUGGCCUGCGAUGAUCCUCGGCUCUCCGAGGAACUCAGAGAUAUUGCUUCUGAUCUGCGGUCGAGGAACACCGUUCCUUACAAAUUGCUCCGUGCGAUAUGGACCGGAUCCGAUCCCUCGACCAGACCGGACUUGUUGGCUCUUUUCUCCGGCUCCGGUUUCGUCUUCACCAGUCCCAAACCCAGGGAAAAGAGUGAAGAACUGAAACAGAGAUUGCUAAAGCUGAGAGAAAUAGCAGAGAGGAAGGAAUACGCUGAGCUUGUUAAAGAUAUAACACCUAGGAAACAAGUCGAAGAGCCUUUCUCGUCUUACAAAGACCAGCUCGGUUUCGGUUUACACGUUGGUCUUACCAUGUUCACUGGAUAUUUGGUUGGAUACGCUUCCUUCAGAGCUUUAUUCAACCGCAACCCUGCUCUGAGUGCUGCUGGUGGGAUUCUUGGACUAGUUUUGGCGAUGCUUGUUGAAACGCUUCUGUUUAUAAUCAAGACGUCUAAAGAUGAUCAAAUUCAGAGCUCUAAAUCUUUCACUCCCACUACUAAGAAGAAUCAAUAGAACUUGUAGAGAUUUAUUUUUGUAUACAAAAAAAACAAGAAACACAACAUCUACGUUUUGUUUGAUUAUUGAAUGAAUUUUGA